AAAUCUCUCAUCAUGGCCGCUGUUGCAACUCUUCCGUCGCUGGACCCACUCUUCCGUGCGAGUGCCAAACGAACACGAGCUAUAUUCGAGGCAUGUCCUGACGACGGAAUGGUUGACGAUGAGAAGAGUGUGCGAAUACGCCUUGCCUCGAAGAUACACGACGAAUAUCGCGAUGUCAAAGAGCUCCCCCCUGCCCUUCUCGCUCAGCAAGGCCCAGUAGGCCCAGUCCGACCUAGGGACCCCUCACGCAAACUAAUUACUGCUGGUCCCUCAGAGACCUCAACGGCCCUAAUAAUUUCCCAAAUCGACAAAACACCGACCUACCAGCCGUCCACCUUCACAUCCUCGACCCGUCUUUCGCAGGCUUUGACGCUGCACAAAACAACACGGACGAUAAAGCCCACAUACCAUCCGUCGUGGAAGCUGGUCCGCGUCAUUUCUGGCCAUCUUGGCUGGGUCAGGAGCGUCGCUGUCGAGCCAGGAAACCAGUGGUUUGCGACUGGGGCAGGAGACCGUGUCAUAAAGAUUUGGGAUCUGGCGUCGGGGGAGCUGAAGCUUUCGCUGACGGGACAUAUUUCGACCGUCAGAGGGCUGGCUGUCUCCUCACGGCACCCAUAUCUGUUUUCAUGUGGUGAAGACAAGAUGGUGCGUUGCUGGGAUCUUGAAUCCAACAAAAUUAUUCGCCAUUACCAUGGCCAUUUGUCCGGAGUAUAUGCCCUAUCCCUGCACCCCACGCUUGAUGUUUUGGUGACCGCUGGCCGUGAUGCUUCAGCUCGCGUCUGGGACAUGCGAACAAAGUCGCAAAUCCACGUCCUUUCUGGGCACACUGGUACCGUUGCAGACGUGAAAUGUCAAGACUCGGAGCCUCAGGUGAUUACGGGAAGCAUGGACUCGACCGUUCGGCUUUGGGACCUUGCCGCUGGCAAAGCACGCGUCACGCUUACCCACCACAAAAAAUCUGUCCGUGCACUCGCCAUUCAUCCCACCGAAUACUCGUUCGCGUCAGGCUCUGCGGGCGGAAACAACAUCAAAAAAUGGAAGUGCCCCGAAGGUGCAUUCGUCUGCAAUUUCAGUGGCCACAACGCCAUCAUCAAUACCAUGUCUGUCAACGCGGAAAGCGUCCUCUUCUCUGGAGCGGACAAUGGCUCGCUGAUGUUCUGGGACUACAAUACGGGAACAUCUUUCCAAGCAUUGGAGGAUGUGCCUCAACCUGGGUCUUUGGAAGCAGAGGCUGGUGUUUUCUGUUCUACGUUCGACAUGACAGGCACGAGAUUGAUCACUGGUGGGGCGGACAAGACGAUAAAGAUCUACGCGGAACAGGCACAAUGA